AUGGCAUGGGAUGCACUUAAGGGAAAUUAUAGGAGUGGCGAUGCUGGAACUAAGAGAGACCUCUGGCCAUGUCUGAGAGAAGAUACUAGAGUAGGGAGCUACUACAACCCUAUUGUAUUGAGUGAUGAUGGAGAUUAUGAGUCUGACAUUGAUAGCUAUACCAGCCUAGAAGUCAAUAUGCAUCGUAUAUUGAGAGUAGGCAUGCCUGAUAGCGAUGAUGAGGAGCACGUAGCACACUGUGCUCCUGGUGAUCAAAUGUCGAAUUUAGCUUUUGCUAUUAUUGGAAGUUCGACAGAAGAUUUCUCUGAUUCAAUUUUGCCUGAUUCGAAACCUAUUUGUUGUGUUGUCAAUUCUUCUACACAAUUUGCUAAUUCAAUUGUUAGUAAUUCAAAAUCAAUUGGGAAGAAGACUUAUGUUGUUGAGUUUGAGGAAGGUUCUGAAUCUGAGUUGCUACAGAAGCAAGUGAAAAGUGAUGAAGAAGCUUUUGAAUUGUACAAUGAGUAUGCUUUUAAGUUUGGUUUUGGUGUUCGUAAGGGACAUAAAUUGUAUUCAAAGGUUGAUUAUAGAACUGGUUGCAGGGCUUAUGUGCAAUUUCAUGUUGAUGAAGAUGGUGUUUAUACUUUGGUUGCACAUGUUAUGGGACAUAAUCAUGCAAUGGUUCCACUUCAUGAGCGUCAUUAUAUUAGGUCACAUAAAUUAGUGCGUUCUGAGCAGUUGGCAUUUAUUUUGAACUUGAAGAGAAGUGGAAUUCCUGUAGCAGAUGCUAUUCGGGUUAUGAGGAAAGAAGUUGGGGGUUCUCCUAACCUAGGGUUUAUUGCUAGUGAUGCUUAUAAUGCUCUUGUUGGUGAGAAGGUUAAAAGUAUUGAUUUUUCGGACUCAAAUCAGUUGAUAAAGUUUUUUGCACAAAGAGAUGGGAGGAUGAAAAGGGAUUAUUUGAUUUUUGGUGAUGUUGUGAUUCAUGAUACAACAUAUCGUACAAAUAAGUAUGAGUUGAUAUGUGCAUUGUUUGUAGGAAUGAAUCAUCACACGAACAAUAUCAUGUUCGGAUGUGCUUUCUUGCUCAAUGAGAAAACUGAUUCAUUUGUUUGGCUAUUUGAUUCAUUUGUGAGAUCAAUGGGUGGAAAAAAACCAAUCACUAUGAUGACUGAUCAGUGUGCAGCAAUGGCAGCAGCAUUGAAAGUUGUUUUGCCAUCAGUGAACCAUCGUCUCUGUACUUGGCAUAUUGGUCAGAAUUCAAAGAAGAACAUUCCUGACUUGAGGGCACAAGAUGAUUUUGUUGAUGUCUUUAAUACUGUUUUGAAGUACAGUGAUACAAUUGCGGAGUUCAAAUUCUAUUGGCAAAGGAUGAUUCAAUUUAAUUGUUCUACAAAAAAGUGGCUCAAUGAUUUGUAUGAGCUUAGGGAGAAGUGGUGCUCUGCAUAUUCUAAGAAGUUCUUUUCUGGUGGUAUUCUUUCCUUACAAAGAAGUGAGACAACAAAUAAAUCUGUGAAAAGGAGACUCUGUAAGACACACGAUUUAUGUGAUUUUUACAACUUAUUCCUUGAUGUCAUUGGUGAAUGGAGAAGUAAGGAAAAUGGUCAGGAUUUCCAAUGUAAUAAGGGUAACCGACAUUUGGCAUUUGCUCAUUUGAAGUUGUUGGAACAUGCGAGUCAGAUUUACACAACUGAGGUUUAUAAGAUUUUUGAAGAUGAGUUUAUUAAAGGAACUGAGUGUGGUCAGAAGGUAUUUUUUCGUCAACAUCCCAUUGUUAUAUACCAUAUUGGUCGUCCUGAUGUUGAUUUGAUCAUGCAUCAAGUUGGUUACAAUGAAGUAACACAUCACAUUGAGUGCACUUGCAACUACUAUAGCGAGGUUGGGGUUUUGUGUUUCCACUCUCUUCGUGUUUAUCACUUGCAUUGUGUUGAUAAAAUUCCUGAUCAGUACAUUUUGGCGAGGUGGACACGAUCAGUUAUGUGCUCGAAAGUAGAAGAGAGGAAAGCUAGGGAUUCUGAUUCUGUGUCUUCUUCUGUUUGGAGGGCGCAAAUCACAAGGAAUUUUGUCCGUUUGAUAACAGCUAGUCAAUCUGAUCCUAAUGCAAGGUAUGCAUUGGAUUUUGCUUUUACUAGCACUAAGGAGAAAGUUGAGAGUAUUAUUGGUAAGGUUGGUGAAGCGUUGGUUGUGGAAGAUGUUGAGAGUGUUGGUGGUGUAAAAGUUGGAAAUCCAAAUCAACGACCAAAGUAUCAAAGUAAUAGCAGACCAAAGAGCAUUAUUGAGAAGAAAUGCAAUCAGGCCAAAGGAUGGAGGAAGAAAGCUGUUGUAAAUGCCUUAAAAGUAAAGAAUAUUGCUCAAACUGCUAUUAAGAUGAGUGUACCGGCUGGUUCCAAUAUAGUUCAUCCUAGUACUGGAUCUCAACUUAAUCAAUGUGGUGUAGAUGAAUAUUUUGGAGUUACUAUUACAACAACGGCUAAUUUGUAA